AAGGACAAAUGCUUUUAUUCAUAAUGGGAGAAUGGGAGUAGUAAAUGGCCUGGAAUUAUUUAAAGACAUGAUUUUGGACCUGUACUACCUUUAUUUUCAAUAACUUUGAUAAUUAAUACAAGUCAUUACUAGCUACGAGCUGAAAUACAAUUUCAACAGCAAUUUCCAGAAAUAUCAUCAUAUUUUCCUGAAUUUUUCAGUUGCAGGCUUCAUUAUGUCGAAGGUCGUCCAAAUCGUACGUGAAAUAUCGGUCCGUCGAAAUCGAGUGUUUCCAGUGGAAAAAGUGCGAGUAAAAUUCCCAAAUUUAUCUAGGAAUCCAGUGGAGUGCUUAUGGUUACCUCACACGGAAAAAAAUCCUGAAAAUCGUAACCCAAUUACGUGUUAAAUGAGUUUUUGUGUGGCUGAUACGUAUGUAUAUACGUCUUAAGGUACAAUUUUGCAAAUGAUUUUUUUGUCGAUAAACAAAUCACACCUUUUCUAUCGCUUUAUUUAUAUCUACACAACGGCAGAACCAGACCACCAGUGGUUAAAAAACGAAUGAAGAUUGAGAUAUUGUAGGUAUUGGAAAUGGCGUUGAACAUUUCUAAUUUACCAGCGGAUCAAACCAUACUCUUCAAUCUACUACUGGAAGCGAACAAAUCUCAAACUUUAGAACUCAAAAAAGAACUAAAACUCAAUAUCCAAAAAUUUAAUACUGAAUUAGAGAUUGUUCAAGAAAACGUAAGCAAAUUAGGCAGAAAUUAUCUUGCCCUUGAAAGAUCCCAAAGAAAAAAUAACAUUGUUCUCUUUGGACUAAACAGCAGUAAAGAAAACUUACUGGACCAUACCCUCAACACUUUGAAUAAAUACCUGGAAACUAACAUCACCAACACCGAUAUAAAUAAUAUAUACCAGAUCGGAAAGUCUGCAACUCAACCUAUAGUAAUACAGUUUGUUACAUUUCUUAAAAAACAAACAUUAUUUCAAAAUAAAGAGAAGCUACAGACUUUGAGAGAACACGGCCUGUCAAUUACGAAUGAUUUAUGCAAAGAGGACCAAGAUGAAUUAAAAGUUCUAAGGAAACAUUUGAAAAAUGCAAAGGCCCAGAACCUGGAAGCAAACAUCAAAGGUUAUUUUCUGUUUAUUGCUGGAGAACGUUACAGCGCGGAGGACUUGAAACAGAUUGAAGUUGAUGCAGAAAAAAACAAAGAGGAAAACGAUGUGUUUGAAGACGAAGACAUAGAAGAGGAAACAGAGAAGACUGACAUCGAUUCCAAUAUUGCACAAGUUCAUCCAACCGCGUCAAAAGCGCGCAAAGGAUCAACAACGAAAAAGGAAACAAAAACAUUGGUGGAAAGGCCCGAAUCCAAAACUCUGAGACGUACGAAAAGAAAACGAACAUUAGUGUACCAAUAUAGUCCUACCAAGUAAACGAUAAGGAUUUUAAAAAUAAACAAUUUACUAUUUCUCUAUCAACAAUCAAUAUAGGUACAAGUCGACUGCAAUUCUUGUUUUUGUUCGUGUGAAUUAUUUAUAAGUUAAAUUUUUAUAUACAGCUAGCAUUUACACAGCUAUAAAUAAACUGAAAUGGAUAAUUAUGUUAGAUUUUUUGAUAUGAGUGAAAUUAAAACUUUUGAAGCAGAAAACUUAGAAAUAGCUGACAAUCGUUUAACAUUGAAUAAAAAUAAAACUAAAUUUUCCAUUUUUCACACAAAUGAAAAAAGGGAAUCAAUUUUUAAGUUAGGUUAUGGGAGUAUUAUAGAUAGAGUAUUAAGAUUUACUUUAUAUACUUAUACAAAAUUAUAUAAAAUUAUUACUGUGUUUAAUUUCUUCAAUUAUUGUAUGAAGUAUUACAGCGAUCCGUAGCACCAUUGAUUAUUUGAAGUGGCAGACAAGAUUUAAUCUUAAGCAACUUCAAAUAGUUAAAUUGUGGUUAGAAUACGCAUUGAUAUUACUAAUUACAAAAAUUAAUUUAAGUCAUAGCUUUCCCAUAUAUUUAUUUAAGUUUGAUAAAAUUAUUAUAACCCACA